GUACCGCAGGAUAUCCUCAACGACAGCAGCCUGAACCAGGCGAUUGGGCUGCUGCCGUCCAACUACAACUUUGAGAUGCACAAGGCGGUGUGGCAGAUCCGGCGACUGGGCGCGAAGCGCGUGGCCCUGCAGUUCCCUGAGGGCCUGAUGAUGUUUGCCUGUGCGAUCUCGGACAUCCUCGAGACAUUCUGCCAGGUCGAAACCGUGAUCAUGGGCGAUGUCACGUAUGGUGCAUGUUGCAUUGACGACUUCACUGCGCUGGCGCUUGGAUGCGACUUUCUAGUGCACUAUGGCCAUAGCUGUCUGGUGCCGGUCAAUGUCACCAAGAUCAAGACCAUGUAUGUGUUUGUGGAUAUCGGCAUUGACACACAGCACUUUGUUGACACAGUCAAGAAGAAUUUCGAGGCUGGCACGCGCAUUGCACUAGUGGGGGUGAUCCAGUUUGUCACAGCGCUGCAGACGUGCAAGCAUGUGCUGGACGAGGUGUAUCGUGUCACCAUCCCUCAAGCAAAGCCAUUGUCACCUGGUGAGCUGCUCGGGUGCACCUCGCCAAAGCUGAAGGACAUUGACGUGAUUGUGUUCCUGGGCGACGGGCGCUUCCAUCUGGAGUCGAUCAUGAUCCACAACCCCGAGAUCCCGGCAUACGCGUAUGACCCGUACAACAAGAAGUUUACGCGCGAGCGCUACAGCCACGACGAGAUGCACUCGCUGCGCAAGAACGCGAUCGAGGCAGCCAAGCAUGCAAAGAAGUUUGGGCUCAUUCUCGGCACACUCGGCCGGCAGGGCAACCCGAAGGUGCUGGAGGAGCUGCAGGAGCGGCUGGCCGAACGCAAGAUCGGCUACGAGACGGUGCUGCUGUCAGAGAUCUUCCCAGGAAAGCUGGCGCAGUUUCCCGACAUCGACUGCUGGGUGCAGAUCGCGUGCCCGCGACUGUCGAUUGACUGGGGCUAUGCGUUCCCGAAGCCGCUGCUGACGCCGUACGAGGCCAACGUGGCACUGGAUGCAGUCGAGUGGCAGGAGGCGUAUCCCAUGGACUUUUACUCGUUCGACUCGCUUGGCCCCUGGACGCCGAACUAC